UAGUUCCAAGAUGGCGCAGUCGGUUACCACUUGACAAUAACUCGCAUCAUUCUCAUUAAAAGAAAGAUGAUGAUAGAUCUAUUAGUAGCAUAUUAAGCUAACGCUUAAUUGUUUUGAGAAACUAAGCAUUUAAAUUUAGAAGUGCGUACUGAGGAUCUUGAUGUGCUCUUUUACAAUAAAAAAAAAACUUGCUUUGAUUCUGAAGAGUAUGCAUCCUAUCAUGCAGUUAUCUCUUAAAGGAGCUACAUAGAUAAAAGAAUACAGAACUACUAGAAUGACGACAGUGAAUAACAUGAUUUCCCAAAUUUUAAAUGAGGCUCACUAUGCUCAAAGCAUUUUAAAAAAACUGAAUGAGUUCCGAUGUGGAGCCUUGUUUACUGAUGCUGUUCUUUGCGUGGGCCAUGAGGAGUUUCCUUGCCAUAAGAAUGUCUUAGCAGUCAGCUCCCCUUACUUCCAAGCAAUGUUUACCAGUGAUUUAAAAGAAAGUCGGGAAAGUCGAAUAAACUUCAACGAGAUUUCUCCAAGAAUACUAGAACUAGUCAUUGAUUAUGCAUAUAGUGGUAAAAUAGAAAUUAACACAAGCAACGCUCAGGAUAUGCUGGCUGCAGCUCACCUAUUUCAAUACCCAGCCAUAGUAAAACUCUGCGAGGAGUUUCUGCUUCAGCAGCUCCAUCCAUCUAAUUGCCUUGGCAUUGAAAUUUUUGCUCAGCUACACUGCUGUGAAAACCUUCAGGCUAAAGCCCAUCAAUUUGUGUUGGAAAACUUCACGUCUGUUGUGGAGUCAGAUGAGUUUUUAGAACUUCCUUUUGAGAGACUUCAGCAUUACAUCUCUAUUGAUCAUAUUGACGUAAGAUCUGAACAGACAGUAUACUCUGCAGUGAAAAGUUGGGUGGAGUUUGAUUUGGAGAAUCGUCAGAAAUAUCUUUCAGAACUAUUAGAGAAUGUAAGACUCAUCUACUUGGAUUUAAAAGUUUUGGAAGUGGACUCGCUGAUCUGUGAGUCUGAAAAGUGCUUAUCCUUAAUUCAGGAUGCUCGUUUAAUGCAAUCAUUCCAUGAGACUCAACCUGGAAAACGGAGGAAAAGCAAGCAAGACAUGUUCAUACAGCCUCGACCAUCUACAGUGGCCAAAGAUGUGGUGGUGGUUGUUGGUGGCAUAUCUGCUGAUGGACGCCCAGUGAGCAGCAUGGAGAUGUAUGACCCACAUAAAGAGAAAUGGUUCAGCUUGGCAGACCUGCCCCAGCCUGUUACCUGGUGCAGUGUAGCUGUUUUAUCUAACUGUAUCUAUGUUGCUGGAGGGAUAUUGGAUAACAAAAUAAUAUCAAAAGUGUGGAAGUUUGACUCUGUUGAACGAAGAUGGCAUACAGUUUCACCUAUGUUGAAAGCCCGUGCCCGCCAUUCUGCAGCAAUUAUUGGGAAAAUCAUGUACAUACUUGGUGGUGUUCGGUUUGAAGGAAAAAUGCUAAAUGUCGAGACUAUUGAGUGCUACAACCCAAAGUCCAACACUUGGACAGCAGCUGGAAGGACAACUAGCCCACGAAUAGAGUCCUGUGUUGUCCCUUACAACAACACCAUACUCGAAGUUGGAGGAUUAAAAGGAGAAGAUGUUGUGGACAAAUUCUUGGACAUCUACUGCAUAGUUGACGAUGUCAUCCGCCCCAGCGGUGAGCAGCUCACUCUACCUGAAAACAUAAGGUUUGCUAAAAUUGUAGUGAUAAACAACGUCUUCUACAUCAUAUGGGAAGAUCUAAAAAAAAUGAUUGCCCUGAACGACAAAGAAAGAACAUUUAAAAUUCUACCAAAAAUGCAGGACUCAAGGAUUUACAGUGGCGCAACAGUAGUCAAUGGUAAGAUCUAUGUGACUGGUGGGCAAAUCAGUAAUAAAGCAACAAACCAGGUUGAGAGUUAUGACCCCAGCACAGGUGAAUGGAUGUUGGAAAAACCAAUGAUUGAAAGCCGUGCUGUUCACGGAUGCGUAACUUUAAAAAUGUGUUGAAAUAUUUCAUUGAAGCGUGAAUUUCUUUUUUUUUCUGUGAACUUUUGUUUCAUAUUUAUUGAAUGUGAGUGUGUGUUUGAAAUUACUUUUUAUAUGUUUGAUCACUACUGAAACACAACAACAAAAAAUCAAACAUUAACCAUUUCUAAAUUAAUUUUAUUUUCAAGUGAAUUUGACUUUUUUAAAAAUAAGAUAUGAAAGCAAAGUAUGUUCAGACAUUCCUUUCCCAUAUUCUAAAAUUAUUUACUGUAAGAUUUAUGUCACUACACAAAAAAUUGAACAAAGGGCAUGCUCCAUAAGGAUCAAUGCUUUUAGUAAUUGUUUGUCUUAUUGUGAGGAUCAUAACUUUUAUAUUUUUUGUUCCAUAAAAAUAUAUACAUCUUCAGUAUUUAUAUUUUAUCAUAGAACGUUUUCCUUUCAUUCCUACAAAGUUUCAUUCAUCCGUUAGCUCAAUAAAAAAAAAACUAGAUCUACCCCAAUUCAAACAAUUUGUGCCUGUGUAGCAAUCUUUAAAUCUAUGUAAAUGUACAUACUCUGCCAUCAGUAUUCCUAAACUCAAAGCAUGUGAAUGUUCUUUGGUGCUAACAUGGAUAUUACUUUUAGUACUGGUCUCAUACACUCUGAAAGAUAUUCAAAUUAAUAGUUUUUAUCUCAACUUUUUUAUUAGUUAGUUUUUUUGUUUUUUCUGGGUUAUUCUAUAAUAGUUUUGUUACACUUUAUACCUUUUAUCUGGUAUUAUAAUUAACUGUGUCUUAGCUCAAUUUCUAAAGAUAACAUGUAGCUUUAGGAUAUAUGAAUAUAUAUAAUUUUUAUUACAAAUAUAGAAAAAUGAUAUAAACAACAAUUAAUUGGAAUCUUUUAAAAAAUAUGCAAACUUAUUCAUUUAUGUUAAAUAAUAAACAUGAAAAAGACUAAGUUACUAUACAUAUUAUAUAUGGGAUUUUAAUUAAUAAUGUUCAUUUAAAUAAGUCAUGCAUUAUGUGUUUAAAACUUCAUUAAAUAUUCCAAAACAGAAGGAAAUUUUAAAAAAAGAACAUGAUGCCCCUAAAAUUGUCACAUGCUGACCUAUUAGUGAGAUUUAUCUAAUCUUUUAUUUUUAAAAAAGCUAAUAAUUUAAAUGCAAAUACUUCAUGCUAGUUUAUAACAUUUAAAAAAACCUGUGUAUAAUUUGAAUAUAUACUGAAUAUAAGUUGUUAUUCUAAUUUGUAAAGAUAUAUGAUUAUUCUUUUUAGUAGAAUUUUUUUAAAUGUAUGUACUUGCUUAGAAAAUAAUUUUUAUAGCUGAAAAUUGUUUUUAAUUAUUAGAUUUUUUUAAAUUUAUUUAUUACAACACUCAUAUGUAUAUUAUAUAUGUUGUAAAAUCAAAAUAUAUUGGGACAUUUUUCUGUAUCUUGAUUACAAAAUGUGUGCAUCACACCAUGUGGAAAAGAAGGAGCCUUUGGUUGCCAAGUCAUUCCUGACAUACUUAUGCCUACGAUUAUGUUGUUUUCAUCUCCAUGCUUGAUUCCAAUGUACUUCAACAUGAGAUAACCCAUUAUCCUCAACUUGCCUAUAAGGCGGUGUUCCUCAGACUUUUACUAAUGAUGCCCUUCAUUGUGAGAAAUGCUGUUCUAAGGGGUUUGAAUUGGAUCAUGUUAAUUUAAUCUACAUUGUUCUGUAUUUUUUUUUUCAAUUAUUUUUUUAACUUUUAUUUUCUGUGGGCAACUAUUGUCUCUACAUAUAGCUAAGAUAUUUUAUUUACAUAUAGCAGUGAUGCCCAACUUAAUUUGGUCUGCAGGCCAUUUUAAUUUCUAACACUCAUGAUGUUGGCCACAUGAACACAAAAAAAAAAAAAAAAGAAAUGACAUGACACUUUUUAUUAGAAACCCAUGGAUCUAAUUCUUACAUAUAUUAAUGGCAUGUCUGCAGUUAAUCUAAAACCAACUUCUGAAUAUUUGGCUGCAUAGAUGAGCCACCAAGCUGGAGCUCUGACCUAGAUUCUCGUCUGUGAAAUGAUAACGUAUAUGGUUUUGACAGUUUCAUUAUUGAAAAAGUUUGUUCACAUAAAUAAGUGCUUGUAAACAUUGUGACAAUCCAUAGCGAUUGUUUUCUGAGAUUGAGAAAAGUUUCUGCAGGCAACAUGGAGUAGGUGUAAAUUGUCUGCAUCGCUCAAAAUUGGUCGUGCAGGAAUGUCUGGCUUUGUAAGUCAAUCAAUUCCAGUUACAGAUCUGUUGGGGGAUUUGACACAGCACUGCAAACAAAUUUAAAAAAAAAAACAUUUUUAAAAUAUGAAAAUCCAGAUACCUUUCACUAAAAAUAUCCUCACAGCCUGAGAAGUUGUAUCAUUUUUACUUUUGGGAAAGACAUAUUAUAUUUAGCUGCUUCUAAUUUUGUAGAGCUGUCCAGGUUGGGAAGUGACCCACUUGUUGAAUGGAGAGCUGCAGUUUCCUUAUUAAAAAAUCUCUUAUGUCAGCCUAGUCAUGCCAAUCAACUUAUCAUUCCCUUGUAGUUUGGUGCAGAGUUUACUCAGAUGUGACAUGAUACCACAUAAAAUUGCCAAAUCUCACAACCAUGAGUUGUUUAUUUGAGACACUUGUAUUGAUUGCUUUGAUUUCUCUGCCUUAAAAAUUGACAUUUCAUGUCUCUAAAAUAAAAUCAGUGUAGUGCCUCAUCAUAUGAUCCAGAUUCAAAACCUUGACAUAGAGAUUUUGUUGAUUAAUUAGCAGUGAGGCCGUAGACACUCAGUUCCAUUUUAGUCAACAUCAUUUCUACAUAGCUAACUUUUGCUGACAGUCUGCUGUGACAUCCAACAUACUUCUGGCACCUUCAGUAGUUACUCUCACAAAUUUCUCCCAAGGGAGAGAAAUUUUCUGCGAUGUCAGAUCUAGAUGUAGUGGUUAUCUUCUCUCCAUUAAGGCUAAAACAAAUAGAUUUAAAAACUCAUUUAUUCCACUUUCACUCAGGGUGUUGCUAGGUCAAUAAAGCACUAGUUGUGUGUGUGAGAGUUUGUAUAUUUGUAUUUGCAUAGAUCUAUUUUGUUAUUGUUAAAAUAGUUAUGCUGAGGUGGAUAAUUGUAGUCAAAUGGAAUUUCCAUUUGUUUGGACCAAUAAAAUUAUCUUAUCUUGUGGUUAAAACCUCUUUGAACAGGUCUUCCCAUGCAUCCUCCUCAUAAUCACUAACUCUUCAUUUCAAAAUUGCUGUUAGUGCUGCGAAUAUAUACCAAGAGUGGUAUUAGAAAUGUCCAUUUAAUAUUAUGUUUUGUUUUAAAAACAGACACAUUUUCUUUAUUAUGAAAGAAAUAUCUGGAGUUAUUAUGUUCCACAAAAAUGGAAAGAUCCGUCCACUUUGCCUGGUAGAUUUACAUUAAAGUGUGAAACACCAUGGAACAGAUUCAUGGGAGGAGUGAGGGCCCUAAUGUGCCAACGUAUUGGCAGGCUUGAUAGAACCACUUCACAGGCUGGAUCUGGCCCAUGGGCUGUAUUUUGGGCAUCACUGACGUAUGGUAAUCAUUGGAAUAAAAAACAACAACUUUUAAAGCAAUGGAUAUGAGCUUGGCUCAUGGUUAACACUUUUCAGCCUAUAAUUUAUUGUUCUAAUUCUUACAACACUGUUUUUUAGUUUUGAAGAAGUACUCAUAUUGUAUUCUACAUGUGUACUCUAUGUAGGGGAGAUAAUUGAAGAAUUUGUGUAUACUCUAUGAUGGGAGAAAAUUUGGUGACCUUGUGGUUUCUGUAUGAUGGGAGAUAAUUGGUGACAUUGUGGUUUCUGUGUGAUGGGAAAUAAUUGGUGACAUUGUGGUUUCUGUGUGAUGGGAGAUAAUUGUUGACAUGUAUGGUUUCUGUGUGAUUGGUAGAUAAUUGUGGUUUCACUUUGAAAAGAGAGGAGGUGGAACAAAGUAUGAAGUUUGUAAAACAAAAUUGAUAUUAUUUUAAUGUGUGUUUGAUUUAUAAGACUAUGAAACAAGAUUAUAAUAUUACUUAAUCAAAUAUAUCUUUUUUUUUACCCCUUGAAUUAACUGUGACAUUCCUAAUGGGAUUAUUUGUUAUUAGCUAUUAGGUCAAUAAAAUCAUCAUCAUAUACAUUUAUCUCAUAACAGCUUGUACUACACUGGGAAAAACAUAGAGCACUUUUUUUUUCCUUAUACAAAUUUGUUUGUGUAUAGGUUAUUUUUUUUUUAAUCUUAAUUUCACAUUUUGUAAUAGUCAGUUGGAAUAGUAUAAAUUGGACUAAAGCCUAUUUUUGUGUGUUAUACAACAGACAUAACACAGUAUUUACCCUCUUACAUUGGACUGUUAUCUACCAGCGUACUUUAUCAGUGAAUGGUUGAUUUGCAUAAAUAUGCAGCUUCCAGAACUAUUACUUGAAUUUGAUGCCAAGAAAAAGUUUUUGACAAAGAGUCAUCUUGUGAUAAUUUUAUUCUACUUGACUGGUUGAAUUUAUUUUUUUAUUUGUGCUCAGUGCAACUAAAAAAAAAAAAAACUUUUGUUUUUUUUUUUAAACCAAAGAGGUGCCACACUGACACAUUUUUUUUUCCCCCAUUUGGAUUUUAUUAGAAAAUUUUCUUUCUCUGCUUGUGUCCAUUACAGAACUUAUACAGUUAUUUUUUUCACAUCUAGUCUUUUUUUUUUUUUUUUUUCAUGGAUAUAUUUUUUUAAUUAUUGAAUAUCUGUCCUUUUUUUUUUGUGUUUGUUUGUUUGCCGUGUUUUAAAUUGGAAAUUUGGGGAGGGGGGCUUCAUAUCAAAUCAGAAUCCAGGUUUGUUUGUUUUUUGUUAAAAUAGUUGUUGUUUUUUUUUUGUCUGUGGCAGUGAAGUUCUAUGUUUCAUCAUAUUCCAAGCUUUGAAUCAUCAGAGAAUGUCAUUUUGAUAAUACAACACCAUUCAAAUUGUUGGAAGUCAGAACUUGUCCUAAACAUUUUUUUUUAACCCAUGUCUGUUUGAUCUUUUCUUUUAUACUUCCUUUUUUUUUUUGUUUUGUAAAAACAAGUCAUUUGUGUAAACUGAAAGCAAUACUUCAUUUGUGUAGCUUUAAGUUUGAUGUCAUUAGUUACUACCAGUAUUUAUCACUUGUGUGUUUGUGUGUUUUAUUAAGAAUUACGACCAUUGAUAGCAUUUUAAAGCUUUGGUUUAUUUCUUUUUAGUUUUGUCUCUACACAAGCUUACUUGGCAAUGUCCAAUGAUGUACUCUUUGUUUCAUGACCAGGUAUCUGAAACAUUUAGAUUCAAGAUAGGCUUAGAGUCUGCAAUUUCGCUCAUCAUAUUCCAAAUGCAUUGUGCAUUUUUUUGCUGAUUAGUGUAGAUAUUGAUCUGUGUGUUAUGGCCGAUAGAUUGCAGACCUUAGUAAGACUAGCAGUUUAUCUGUACAUGGUACUGCAGUACUACUGGAGUGAAACCAUAUAGAUAAUCUGUACAUGGUACUGCAGUACUACUGGAGUGAAACCAUAUAGAUAAUCUGUACAUGGUACUGCAGUACUACUGGAGUGAAACCAUAUAGAUAAUCUGUACAUGGAACUGCAGUACUAGGCCCUACUUGAGCUAAACCAUAAAAAAUGUACAUGGUACUGCAGUACUACUGGAGUUAGACCAUAGUGAAACUAGUGUAUCUGUGCAUGGUUCUGCUCCAUUACUAAGGCUUGGACACACUCACUGUUAAGGCCCUGUGUGUUUCUGUUUCCUCUGCCAUGACAAUUUACUUGCAAUACUUUGACAUUGUGUAUAGUUUGUAUGUGUGUAUACAAAGUAUGAACAUGUGCUGGAAUAAAUCUAACAUGAAACAA